GCAUGGAGCACUCCCAGUGCCUGGCCACCAUCUACGCCUUGGCGGUGCUGCUGGGGCUCCGCAUGGAGCAGGGAGCCUGCCAGCACUACCUGCACAUCCGCCCGGCGCCCAGCGACAACCUGCCCCUGGUGGACCUCAUCGAGCACCCGGACCCUAUCUUUGACCCCAAGGAGAAGGAUCUUAACGAGACCUUGCUCAGGAGCCUCCUGGGCGGGCACUUCGACGCCAACUUCAUGGCCACCGCCGUGCCCGAGGACCGGCUCGGCGGCGACGACCUGGCCGAGCUGGACUUGCUGCUGCGGCAGAGACCCUCGGGGGCGAUGCCCAGCGACAUCAAAGGGCUGGAGUUCGCCGACGGGCUGCAGCCGGGCAAGAAGCACCGGCUGAGCAAGAAGCUGCGCAGGAAGCUGCAGCUGUGGCUCUGGUCGCAGACCUUCUGCCCCGUGCUCUACACCUGGAACGACCUGGGCAGCCGCUUCUGGCCCCGCUUCGUCAAGGUGGGCAGCUGCUACAGCAAGCGGUCGUGCUCCGUGCCCGAGGGCAUGCUGUGCAAGCCGGCCAAGUCCGUGCAUUUGACCAUCCUGCGCUGGCGGUGCCAGCGGCGGGCCGGGCAGCGCUGCGCCUGGAUCCCCAUCCAGUACCCCAUCAUCUCGGAGUGCAAGUGCUCGUGCUAGGGGCGCGCCGCCCGCGCUGUCAUGCACUGUACCGUGUAGGAGAAUGUAUAUGUGUGCGUGUGUGUGUGUAUAUAUGGCAGCCUUCUCGUUGACUAUUAAAAAAGGUCAGUAUUACCCCGGCAA